AUGUCGGAAUACCUCUUUGUUCGUGAUGGCCACCCGUCUCGUCACCAAGUCAAAUUCCAGGACAACGAGCCUGACGAUGACGAGUCCAAUAGCAAUGGCAUGAAUAUGGAUCUUUCUGGUGGACACCAAGAGACUGCUUCAAAUGCCGCUUGGAAUGGGGCAGACGAGCAGACCAACGGAGAUGGGAAACAGUCUGGUGAUGGGCCAAGUCCGGCUUUUAAUAUUACAACCAACCGCACAGGAGAUGAACCUGCAACUCCCAAGGAUGGGUUGGUGCUGGGAGGUGGACAAACCAUCAAGCUUAUGCUUGUGCCGGACAAACCACCAGCACCUCCACCCGCUCCAGCGAAGGAAAAGAAGCCUCACCCUCAGGCUAAGAUGAAGAAAUUCUGGAAGAACUUCGAUCCCGAGUAUACUGGCAAAGUCACGCGCGUUCUACCGGACCGAAUCACGGAGAAGGAUCUGAGCGCGGUGACAUUGGUCGGCGAGAUCGCUCACAAGGCCAUCAAGUCAUACGAGGACGCCAAAGCAUCCUGUAUCCGAGACGUCAAACGCAUCAUCAAGGAAUGCCGAGCCUCAAAUCAGAAAUACACCGAUCCUCACUGGGAUAUUGAAAGAGAUUUGAAAAUUACACGGGUCAGGGAUUGCCUAGAUGGAUUGAUCAUUGCCGACGACGAUAAAGAGCACCCAGCAGAUGCAAAGCGAGUCACAGAUAUCUUCGAUGAACCCAAAUUCUACGUGAAUGGUGUUUCAUACGACGACAUUCUUCAGGGGUCGGCAGGAGACUGUUGGUUUCUAGCCGCCAUUUCUACCUUGAGCUGCAACCAGCAAUUCAUUGAUCGUGUUUGCGUGAUUCAAGAUCAGGCCGUUGGUGUCUAUGGCUUUGUGUUCCACCGUGACGGUGAAUGGCACCAGUGCAUAAUUGAUGACAAGCUAUACCUCCGGGCACCGGCAUACGACGAGAGUGGGGAUGUGGUCCUGGGACAAUAUGGAAUUCGACGUCCAGACCAGGAGGAUCAGUAUCAAGAACUCUUCCAACGCGGAUCCAAAUCACUGUACUUCGCCCAGUGCCGCGAUCAGAACGAGACUUGGGUGAGUCUUCUCGAAAAGGCUUAUGCUAAAGCGCAUGGAGAUUAUGCGUCAAUUUCGGGUGGACAGACCGGAGAGGCCAUCGAAGAUCUAACAGGUGGUGUCACGACGGAAAUUUAUACCACCAACAUCCUCGACACAGAUGAAUUUUGGAAAAACGAACUUAGCCGCAUUGGAAAGGACUUUGUCUUCUCUUGUGCUGCUGCACGCUGGCGCGAGUGGCGCCCAUAUCUAGUGGCCAAUGAAAAGAUCCGAGAGGAACGUCGCUCCGGGAUUGUCAGCCAGCACGCCUAUGCGGUCCUCGACACAUACGAAGGCCACGGCCAACGACUGGUCAAAAUCCGCAACCCUUGGGGUAGGAAAGAAUGGACAGGUGCCUGGAGUGAUGGCUCUAAAGAGUGGACUGCUGAGUGGUUGACGAGGCUGAACCACCAGUUUGGCGACGAUGGCGUCUUCUGGAUGACGUACAAGGACAUGCUGAGCAAGUACAAGUACAUUGAUCGAACCCGGAUAUUUGGGCCUGAGUGGCAGGUCGCUCAGCAGUGGAUGUCGGUGCAAGUCCCUUGGAGUACGCUGGACUACCAAACCAACCAUUUCUCAAUUGUUGUCCCCGAGGACACGGAUGCGGUGAUUGUGCUCUCCCAACUUGACGAUCGGUACUUCAAGGGACUGCAGGGCAAGUACAAUUACACUCUGCAAUUCCGAAUCCAGAAGGACGACGACGACGACGAGGAAUACCUCGCCCGCAGCAAGAUGAACUAUGAGCUGAUACGGUCUGUGAAUGUGGAAGCCCACCUGACCAAGGGCACAUAUACUGUGCUGAUCAAAGUCGAGGCGCAUUCCACGGGAAGAGAUGAGGUGGAAAAUGUCAUCAGAAAGAAUAUCCACCGUCGCGACAAAAUCACUCAGAUUGGCAAACUGUAUGAUUUGGCUCAUCAGAAAGGUCAACUUCCUUCAUCCUCGUCAGCAUCGGGAGCCACCUCAACUUCUGUCUCUGGAACAUCGACUCCUGUUCCUUCGGGAGUCAGAACUCCAUCCACCUCUUCGACCUCUUCGACGCCUGCACCAGCGGAAGAGAGCAAACAAGAUGCUGACGACAACGAGAAAGACCCAAACCGCAACCCAUGGAACGCAAGCUGUGUUGUGGGGCUGCGCGUGUACAGCAAACAGCCAGAGCUCGAGCUCAAGGUCGUCGUGCCGUCCAAGGAAGAUGUCCACGAGAUGCCGACAUUUGACCGAGAUGAUGUGGCCAAGAGCGCGCUGGACGAGGUCCAAGCAGUUGCCGACAAGGUAGAUGAAGUUGUUGGAGAUAAGAAAGAAGGGGAAGGGGAGGGAGAAGGUGAAGAGGACGCGAAGGAAAACGACGAGCCGGAAUCAAACGAGACAGAGACGAAGAAGGCGAUGACCCAAAGUGGCCGGCUCCUUGUCGAGAGUGACGACGACGCAGACGAAGACUAUGAAGAAGAAGACAGUGAAGGCAGCGACGACAACGACGACGACGAGUAA